GUAUUUAUCGUCAACUUGUCAUUCGUUAGGGUUUGCAGGGCUAUUAUUCAUCGGUUCUUCUUCUGGGUGUUGCUUAAAUCUGUGGAAAGUUCAUUUAUUUUCGAUUUUCAUGCGACCAGGUUGCUCAAGAUCACUUUUUUUUAUUUUACUCUUUUUGAUAUCAAAUUUGGGGUGCUUCCCUUUUGCAAGUUUAUAUUUUUGAGCUUUGUUUUUAGAAGGGUCUUUUUGGGUCAAGGUUUGUGGAGAGAUAUGAUGGUCGUUGUUCUGAGCAUGGUUAUUGAUGGGUAGCAGAAGUAGAACGGUAAACGUUACCAGUAAGGACACCAACAAAGUUGUGAACGGGAUGCCAAGCUACGCUCCUCCAUUGCCUUCUUCGAGUUCCAUGGGCAUAGAAGCAACUAAUGUUCAUCCUUCCCGCAUUUCUGAAUUUGGAACCCUAGAGCAAUCUCUUGGAUUUCGUGUUGAGGAUACCAUUAACCUUAGCAGAAAUCCAGUGUUUAGUCAAAUGAAAUCAAAUAGCCAAGCUCUAGGUGCUGAUAUUCAAUUUGGAGCUUUAAAUAAGGUGCAGUCAAUUAUAACAUCAGAUAUAAAUCUUUCUGCUGCUAUUGCUGGGUCUCAGACAUUGGCACUACAGAAAGACACACAACCGAAUCUUGCUUCAACAUCUGGUCAUCGUGAGAAUUGGGGAGAGACCAACAUGGCUGAUGCUAGCCCCAGGACCGAUACUUCAACAGAUGACACGGAAGACAAAAAUCAACUGCCUGAAAGGGGUGAAUCCAGUGAUAGAUCUAAAGAUAAAUCAGAUCAAAAGACCUUAAGACGGCUUGCUCAAAAUCGUGAGGCUGCCAGGAAAAGCCGACUGAGGAAAAAGGCAUAUGUACAACAAUUAGAGAGCAGUAGGCUGAAACUGACCCAACUUGAGCAGGAGCUCCAGCGAGCCCGCCAGCAGGGAAUAUUUAUUUCAAGCACUGGAGAUCAGGCCCAGUCAAUGAGUGGAAAUGGUGCUAUGGCAUUUGAUGUAGAGUAUGCACGAUGGCUAGAAGAGCAUAACAGGCAAACAAAUGAGCUAAGGGCAGCAAUAAAUUCCCAUGCUGGAGAUAUUGAACUUCGAACAAUUGUGGAUAAUUUCAUGGCUCAAUUUGAUGAUAUCUUCAGGCUGAAAGGUAUUGCAGCAAAAGCUGAUGUAUUCCACAUUCUGUCAGGGAUGUGGAAGACUCCAGCUGAGAGGUGUUUCAUGUGGAUUGGAGGCUUUCGCUCGUCUGAACUCCUCAAGCUUCUUGUGAGUCAGUUGGAGCCUCUAACUGAGCAACAGUUGAUGGGCAUAUACAAUUUGCAGCAGUCAUCCCAGCAGGCUGAAGAUGCUCUUUCCCAAGGGAUGGAUGCAUUACAGCAAUCACUGUCUGAGACACUGGCUAAUGGUUCACCCAACUCAUCGGGCUCCUCGGGAAAUGUGGCAAAUUACAUGGGGCAAAUGGCUAUGGCCAUGGGAAAGCUUGGUACUUUAGAGGGUUUUCUUCGCCAGGCUGACAAUCUGAGACAGCAAACACUCCAACAGAUGCUUCGGAUAUUAACAACCAGGCAAUCGGCUCGAGCUCUUCUUGCGAUUAGCGACUAUUUCUCGCGGCUGCGAGCCCUGAGUUCUUUGUGGCUUGCCAGGCCAAGGGAGUGAAGCAUUGGGAAGGAUCCAUCUGUGGUCUUUUUUUCAAGCCUGAUGAGAUGACCCUCUUGAAGACUGAUGACUGAAUCAUGUGCACUAAAUGAGUUCUGAAUGGAAGGUGGUGUCUUUUGACAAUGAAUUCCUGUAGAAGCCUAGUUGUGGUGCUAUAAACAUUAAAUGCUAUGAUUUAUCUACUCUGCCAACUGCUGGUGUGGUGCAACAUUUUUCUUUAAGCUUUUCUGUGCUUUCAAAAUAGUCUCAAUAAUUUGAUUAUAUAGGUGUAUGAUAGAUAGAAGUUGUUGAAGGGGAGGAUGUAGAAAUAGUAUCUGUAUUGUAGGUUAUAGUUGUUCAUUAUAUUUCAGAAAGCAGCUUUUAUUUGAGGGGGGGUUUCCUCUCUUUAGUUUCAUUUGCUGUUUAAUGUUUUGUGGUUGGUUGCACAUAUUGCUCCAUUGGUGUAUGUAUGUUUGUAUAUAUACGUUCUCUCUUGUUAUAUUUGUUAGAAAGACAUUACUAACUAGUAACUCAAUUUCUUUCAUCA